AUGAAAAUGAUGUUUGAAAAAAUCGUCCAUCUUCAAGAGGAAGUGGCGCGAAACAAAGCUGCUAAUACUGCCCGAGAGUCCCCUACUGAAGAAAGAAGGCCACUUCCAUUUUUUCCAUCUCUGAAUUCACCAUUAUCCGAGCACUUUCCCACCAGGUCUCUUAUGACCACCAUGCCAUUUACCCCGAUCGACGGGCACAUUGGUGCCUCGAACCACACCCCACCACUUAACACUAACCAAAUUCCCGGGAUUGCUCACUCUAUCCCUUCUUAUCCAGCACCACAAAAUACCCAUCCAGGCAUCACUAUACAACCAAACAUGACCCCACUACUAACCGACAAAAGCUCCCCUAUUAACGAAACUCACCCUGCUGUUUCUUUCCACACACCUAUCACACCAGGCACCUUUUUAGCCUAUCAAGAAAUUGACCAUUAUGACGAGAUGAAAAAAGCGUGGAAGGCUGAGCAGGAAAAACAGAAAAAAAGGCUUGAGCAGAAGAUGACCGCAAUGUUGGAACGAUCCAUGAGGACUACCCUCACUGGCACAGGCCUGAGCUAUGAUGAUUUGUGUAUGCAUCCCAACCUGGAUUUGCCCGAGGGCUUCAAAGUACCCGGUUUCAAGCUGUUCAACGGGACGGGCAAUCCUAAAGCGCAUCUACGGGCCUACUGUGACCAAUUGGAAGACAUGGCUGAGGCUUUCAUGGAAAGAUUUCGCUUUAACAUGGAAACAGUACCAGACAGAUACUAUUUGGAGAAAGUAAAACAAAAGUCCACCGAAAACUUCUGCGAGUACGCGAGCAGGUGGAGAACAGAGGUUGCCUGCGUACAACCCCCUAUGGGCGAAGAAGAACUUGUAUCGGUUUUCAUCCGUUCACAAGAAACAAAUUUCUAUGACAUAAUGCUUUCAAUGGCAUGA